AUGGUUUUGAAGCACAAUAAGGCAAUCGACCCAUUUGAGGAGAGGCAAGCAGGGCCAGAUGCGAGACAGGAGAGUCCAAGGUUGCUAUUCUCGGGUAUACACGCCGUGAUUAUGGGCGAUUCUGAUUGUGAUCCUGAUGUUGAGAAGCGCGGGCGUGGGUUUGUGCUGUGCAACCAGGAGGGACCCAUGCCCUAUCCCCCCCACCCACCGCAAGAUCGCUCCCCCGUCUGUCUGUGCUCGCCGUCCCCCUCGAGGAUCCGUUCCGUCCUUGGCAAGUCGACGACCACCCACGACGUACGACGCACCGCCAGCUCACCAACGCUGACUGACCAACUGACCCCGGCGACGCCUGAUACGACGCGCUAG